ACAGCAGCAGACACGAGCAUAAUAAGCAAGCAACAGGCGGCUGCUUAGCAACAUUAUUUCUGGCUGGCAACAUUUGUAAUCAGCGUUAGCAACAUGUUGCCAAGGCUCACAUUCGCUGUGCUCAUCGUCUUUUGUGGAUAUUUACUGUUUACGGAUUGCCGUGAAACGGAACGCUCGAAGCGCACCAAACGCCCGCGCGCUCCGGAGCCCGUCAACUUUGAGCCAGAGCCACAGCAGGAUCUAGAGAAUGAGGAGAGCGGCAGCCAGGAAAAGGAUCUGCCCGAAAUACCCGACAAUUUUUUGAGUCCAUCAGUGCGCGAAUAUCUGGAGUUGGGCAAAUCAAUACCGGGUCGACCCGGCGUAGACUAUCCCAUACUAUCGGCCAUACCCUAUACGAACUUCUACUGUGACGAACAAUCCUAUCCGGGUUUCUUUGCGGACAUGGAAACUAGAUGCCAGGGCUGGCACUAUUGCGACAUUGAUGGACGUCAGGCCUCGUUUCUGUGCCCCAAUGGCACCCAGUUCUCCCAGGCGGUCUUCGUCUGCGAUUGGUGGUUCAAUGUACGCUGCGAUCUCUCGCCCCGGCUCUAUGCGAUCAAUGCACGGCUCUAUCAGCGCCCCAAGGUGAACCCAACUCGACCACAUCGCAUCAUCACCAAGCAGCUGGUCGAAGAUAUAUUCACUUAAGCAGCAGCAGCUGYCUGCACAGAUCUUACGUAUAUAGACUUUAAACAUAGUUUGUCAACAACUAUUAGUGCUUAGAUUUCAGUGUUUAUGCCACGAACAUGCUUGUGCUGCUAUCAUGAUUUAUAAAUGGUUGUUCUCAAUUAGAUUUCGACCGCGUUUAGUUUAUUUCUCAAGCGUCAAAGUGUGCUGCAAAUUUAUACUCCUUAAACACGCUAAGUUUUAACUUAAUUUUUUUUUAUCAAAAUAUUUGGCU